CUGAGCCCGGCGGUGACGUCACCGGCGUCAACCCGGAGCCGUGACCCCCUCGGCGGGUCUCCCACCGACAGAUGCUCCGCGUCCGGUAGCCCCCUCGCCGAUAAACGAGCCUCCUUUUCAAAAUUUAACAACGUCACAAAAUCAAAAAUGUCCCACCGCACCGCCGGAGACUCUCGUAUGCGCAUCCUAGUCGAGCUGCCUUCAUAGGACCCGAGGCGAGAUCGCUGGGCCCCCAGCCUGACCUCCGGCUGGACAUUUCGGGUUGGGGGGGUGCGGCGGAGCGCUCCGAUGGGGACCAGCUGCUGUCGGCCAGAGAGUCCCUGUGGCAGCGCAGAAGAGCGAAGCGGUUUGCUGAAAGAUGACGGCAAGGCUGCCGGGGCCGCGGGCACCACGGCGGGAACGGGCCCACAGGGAGAAAACAACGUCAGGAAGACAACCGACGACGAAACAAUAAAGGCAGAAGCCAGUGACGACGCGCAGGUGACGGUUCUUCCUGAAUUUGGCACGUCCGAGCCGAUUAUCGCGCAGGAAAACGGAUCCUUGCGAAAGGCAGCGAUGCAGUCGAACGCACCGACUCCGAACAAAGCCGCCGCAUUCCGAGAAGAAAAUACGGGGACUUUUAGGGACGAAAACAGAUCGCCGGAGCUCCCGCAGGAAAUGAACUGUCAGGGGGAAAAUGGCGGCCGGCGUCGGGCCUCGUCCGCGCAGGGUGAAAUCCAAGACGGCGGCGCGGAAGAAUCCCAAAUGUCUCCCCGCGAAGGUGCAACCAACAAGUCAAAUGUUUGCCGCCGUGAAGGCGACGGCCGCGGCGCCUCCAAAGCGGCCGACAGCGUCGCGCUGCUGAUGGAGCUUUACAGCAAGAAUAAACAAGCGUCAUCUUCACGCGACACUCAGGGGGCGCCCGUGGCCGCAACGCGUCAGGAUGACACAUUCGAGCCAAACUGUUUAUUGAACGAGGACUCUGAAGACGGAAAUUCUACAGAGUUGAAGUCUGGCCAGGACGAAAAAGGCCACGAUGUUGCCGUCGAGCCCACUGAAGCGAAACCCGGCGGCGGAGAGCGACGCCCUGCACACUUUAACGACGCGGAGACGCCGACCGCCGCGCCGGGAGACGCCAGCGGCCUGCAUGCAGUGAAGGAAAACCAGCUGGAAGACAUCCACCAACACGCUGUAGAGGAUCGCGACGGAGGUCACCCCGCGGCCAUGGGGGGCGGGGACGGGACGGAGGAGGUGGAGAACGCGGAGGGCGAGGAGGAGAUGUUGGAGGAGGUGGAGAACGAGCCCGUGGAGGUUGAGGAGAACACUGGAGGAACUCCACAAGUGCUCGUAGAGGAAGUCACACCCGCUGAAGGCAGCUUGAGGAGCAGUGAAGAAGAUCUCUACAGAGCAGAGGAGCUGCCGUCGUCUCACAGUGACGCGCAAGCGCCGCCGCUAGACAGCACGACGCUGGAGGCCCGAUGCAGUUUGGGUCCGGUCGUGGACAUUUUGUCCUACAGCGAGAGGGAAUGGAGAGGCAACACGGCCAAAAGUGCUCUUAUCAGGAAGGGUUACAAGGAGCUGUCACAGUCCUUCGCCGGUGUGCGUCAAGUGCGGGGGGACAACUACUGCGCCCUGAGGGCCACCUUGUUCCAGGUCCUCUCUCAGGCUUCUCAGGUGCCUGCUUGGCUUCAGGAAGACGACGUGGGCGAGGGUCUGCAGGAUCUGUCAGAACUCAUGGCCUUGUGGACGUUUCCGGGCGAGGCUCAAGCGCAACCAGACGUCACCCAACGGCUUCAAAGCUGCGUGGAGAUCCUCCGAAACAAGUGGCGCGCGGCGGCGUGCUGCGCUUCGCCCGCAGACCGCCAACGACUGUGCGACGACGCCUUCCAGGGUGGCGAGGAGGAGCUCGCCAUGCUGGAGGCGCUCAAGCUACUCAUGCUGCGCCGCGCCGCCGAGUUGAGCACCAGCAUGCGCGCCGGCCGGGACGUGCCGCUCUUCAGCUGGCUGCUGUUCGCGCGCGACUCCUCCGACUGCCCGCGGGCCUUCCUCGCCAACCACCUGAGCCGCGUGGGCGUCGGCGCCGGACUGGAGCAGGUGGAGAUGUGCCUGCUGGGUGACGCCUUACGUCGCACCCUGCAGGUGUACCGCCUCUACAUGGCCGACACCGAGGAGUUCGUGGCCUACUAUCCCGACGAGCACAAGGACGACUGGCCCCGCGUCGUCCUGGUCACCGAGGACGACCGCCACUACAACGUGCCCGUCGCCGAGCUGGCCGAAGUGGAGAAUGAGGAAACGGAGGAGGGUGAAGUGGUGGCGUCCAGCUGAGAAGUUCUCUUCCCAUGCAAACCCCCAAAAACCUCAGGUCUGUCUUGCUUUUCUUUCUUUUUUUUUUUUUUUUACCUACACUGGAAUCGUCGCUCUUUUUAGAUCAACUUCAUUAAUUUAUUCUUUUGAUCUGGACUGCUGUCGAAAGAAGAAAUCAGGUGCUUGCAUCACGUGACUGUGGGGCGGGGGUGGUCUUUUUUGGUUUGUUUGUUUUUCUUUUUUGUGUGAGCAUUGUGCAUAACGCGUUGCCUUUUGCCAAGCCAGAGAGGAGGAGCGCGUGCCACCAGCCGCCAAAGGCCCGCUUGGUCCUCCGUGUUGCCUUAUGAGAGAAAAACAAAAAUGCACAAGCGUUGAAUGAAUGUGGCGUGUCUCCCCCCCAGUCGACCGUGGCCUCUCGCUCAUGAAUAAAACGAAAGCACAAGUUA